AUGUAUUGUUCUGUGGCCAACCUCCGUGCUCCGUGGUAUGAUGUUCAGUGGCCAGGUUCCGUGCUCCGUGGUAUGAUGUUCAGUGGCCAAGCUCUGUGGUAUGAUGUUCAGUGGCCAAGCUCCGUGCUCGGUGGCACGAUCCCCAGGGGACCAUUACCCCACAUAGUAAAACUCUGAUUGCACCGCCAACUGAAGUGGGCCAGCUUGACGAGUGAUUCGCUAGCUAACUAACGGACGGUGUCAUCUCGUUGUGCGAGGCAGCGGAUAGAACGCUUUUCAGUUAAAUCCCCCAAAGUGGAAACGGAUCGUGAAACGUCUGGUCACUACUUUAUACUGAGAGAGGGAAUUUUCAGCUGAGGGAGGGGGGCAGGGGGCAGGGGAGUAGCAGUAGCUAUGAGUUGUGUGGAGCACACAAAUACACACACAGACACACACACAGACACACACACAGACACACACUACAGACACACACUACAGGCACACACUACAGACAUAGAUGUAGUUUAAACCCAUUCUACUGUUCUGUGUCCUCUGGAGUACAAGUCUCUGUGUUUACAUCCAGGCCCGUCACCUAGGCGACGGAGCAUUCUGUUUACCACCAGGGCUCUAACUAAUUAGCCCACAUUCUCUCUCUACCCUCGUUUUUCCAGGCCUUACGCAACUAACACAUACUCAUUCAAGGGUUUUUCUUUAUUUUUACAUUGUAGAAUAAUAGUGAAGACAACAACAAUAUGAAAUGUUUACAUUUUACAUUUAAAUCAUUUUGCAGACGCUCUUAUCCAGAGUGACUUACAAAUAACACAUAUGGAAUCAUGUAGUAACCAAAAAAGUGUUAAACAAAUGAAAAUAUAUAUUUAUAUUUGAGAUUCUUCGAAGUAGCCACCCUUUGCCUUGAUGACAGCUUUGCACACUCUUGGCAUUCUCUCAACCAGCUUCAUGAGGUAGUCACCUGGAAUGCAUUUCAAUUAACAGGUGUGCCUAAUAAAAAGUUAAUUUGUGGAAUUUCUUUCCUUCUUAAUGCGUUUGAGCCAAUCAGUUGUGUUGUGACAAGGUAGGGGGGCUAUACAGAAGAUAGCCCUAUUUGGUAAAAGACCAAGUCCAUAUUAUGGCAAGAACAGCUCAAAUAAGCAAAGAGAAACGACAGUCCAUCAUUACUUUAAGACAUGAAGGUCAGUCAAUACUUCACAGAGUUCAAGUCACAGACACAUCUCAACAUCAACUGUUCAGAGGGGACUGUGUGAAUCAGGACUUCAUGGUCGAAUCGCUGCAAAGAAACCACUACUAAAGGACACCAAUAAGAAGAAGAGACCUGCUUGGGCCAAGAAACACGAGCAAUGGACAUUAGACCGGUGGAAAUGUGUCUUUUGGUCUGGAGUCCAAAUUGGAGAUUUUUGGUUCCAACCGCCGUGUCUUUGUGAGACACGGUGUGGAUGAACGGAUGAUCUCUGCAUGUGUAGUUCCCACCAUAAAGCAUGGAGGAGGAGGUAUUAUGGUGUGGGGGUGCUUUGCUGGUGACACUGUCUGUGAUUUAUUUAGAAUUCAAGGCACACUUAACCAGCAUGGCUACCAUAGCAUUCUGCAGCGAUACGCCAUCCCAUCUGGUUUGGGCUUAGUGGGACUAUCUUUUUUUUUUGGAACAGGACAAUGACCCAACACACCUCCAGGCUGUGUAAGGGCUAUUUUACCAAGAAGGAGAGUGAUGGAGUGCUGCAUCAGAUGACCUGGCCUCCACAAUCCCCCGACCUCAACCCAAUUGAGAUGGUUUGGGAUGAGUCGGACGGCAGAGUGAAGGAAAUGCAGCCAACAUGUGCUCAGCAUAUGUGGGAACUCUUUCAAGACUGUUGGAAAAGCAUUCCAGGUGAAUCUGGUUGAGAGAAUGCCAAGAGUGUGCAAAGCCGUCAUCAAGGCAAAGGGUGGCUAUUUGAAGAAUCUCAAAUAUAAAAUAUAUUUGGAUUUGUUUAACACUUUUUUGGUUACUACAUGAUUCCAUAUGUGUUAUUUCAUAGUUUUGAUGUCUUCACUAUUAUUCUACAAUGUAGAAAAUAGUAAAAAAAUUAAGAAAAACCAUUGAAUGAGUAGGUGUGUCCAAACUAUUGACUGGUACUGUAUGUUUACCUUGCCUGUGGCCCAAAUGGCACCUAUUCCCUAUGAGCCCUGGUCAGAAAUAGUGCACUAUAUAGAGAAAAGGGGGCCAUUUGGGACGCAGCCCUGGUAAUUAUGCUGAACGGAAGAUGAGGGGAAUUGGGUUAUGCACUGAUCAGUGAUUCUGAUUCUCUCCCCAAAGCACCCAGUCCUAUUGUAUCAGGGUAUUAGUUACCUCUGCCAAGGAGACAGAGGAAAGCAGUGGGGAGUUAGGAUUUGAUUCUAGCUUACAUUCUGCUGCUGUAGUAGAGUGUCCUUCUACAUCUGUGUUGCUUGCUGUUUGGGGUUUUACGCUGGGUUUGUAAAAAGGGCUUUGUAAAUACAUUUGAUUUAUUGAUAUUUACGGUAAUAAACCUUUUACUAUGCUCUUGUACUAGGGUAUUUACCAUAGUGAUGACCUAGCUUUCAGAUAAAUUGGGCAGGUUUUUGUCCCUUAUACCUUUCAGGAUUUAGGCAUUUUGGACAUUAGUAAAAAAAAAAAAAUACGAGAUUAUUGGUCAUUAUAAUAAUGGGUUUCUUUCUCUGGAUUACAAUGGAAUAUUCAUGUUGUUCCAGAAUGAGGAAUGAGGACAACUGAACAUUAUUCUGUAUUCUACCUCUGUGUCGUUAUAGUGAAGGGAGGGAGGGGAGCCAACUGAUGACUGCCUGGGUGCAUCCCAAAUGGCACCCUAUUCCCUAUGUAGAGCACUACGUUUGAUCAAAACCCUAUGUUCCCUGGUCAACAGUAGUGCACUACACAGGGAAUAGGGUGCCAUUUGGGAUGCAGGCCUUGUUAUUGAUGCUCCACAUUCACCUCACUGCAUUCAGCUGAAUUUGGCCCAUUUCAGCAGCUUGCCUCUGUCAGGGCUCCUGUUAAUAGGUCUCUGUGAGUCUCAUUUCAGCAGCUUGCCUCUGUCAGGGCUCCUGUUAAUAGGUCUCUGUGAGUCUCAUUUCAGCAGCUUGCCUCUGUCAGGGCUCCUGUUAAUAGGUCUCUGUGAGUCUCAUUUCAGCAGCUUGCCUCUGUCAGGGCUCCUGUUAAUGGGUCUCGGUGAGUCUCAUUUCAGCAGCUUGCCUCUCUCUGUGUGUGUCUCUGACAGAGUUUAAAAUGCAUUACAUCUGCAUAUCAGUCUAUUCUAUGGGGGGAAGAACUUCUGCAUUAUGAUUCUGGCUGUGUAUUGAUGAGAGUAUGACUGUGUACAGGUAUGUGGAUGCAUGAUGAAUAAUGGAUGUUUCCACACAAGAUCAUUUAGAUCAAUGUUUGUGGUGUGACAGAACAGCAUGUUAGCACACUGAAGUGGUGUGUAACCAGUCUUACUAUAUGAACAUCUGAGCACAUUUACACAUAGAAUAGUACAUACUGUAGAAUACAGAAUUGAAGCCAGUCCCCUCCACCGCUAAAGCCGGGUAUCUGGCUUUCUCUUCCCAGGACUGGCACCCUAGAGCUGGGGGACAAGCUGCUGGCCAUCGAUAACAUCCGCCUGGACAACUGUUCCAUGGAAGACGCUGUUCAGAUUCUCCAGCAGUGUGAAGAACUGGUCAAGCUCAAGAUCCGCAAGGACGAGGACAACUCAGGUAGUGCGUACACACUGGACACACACACACACACACACACACACACACUGGGGACACACACACACACACUGGACACACACACACACACACUGGACACACACACACACACACUGGACACACACACACACACACACACACACGCUGGACACACACACACACACACACACUGGACACACACACACACUGGACACACACCACACACACACACACACGCACACUGGACACACACACACACUGGACACACACACACACACGCACACACACACACACACACACACACUGGACACACACACACACACACACAAACUCACUCAUCAACACACAUACAGAUCAUUAGAGGUGUGUGUGUCACGGGUGGUAGCAGUGUGACUUCCUCCAGAACACACACAGAUGGGUCUGCAGCCCAGUUCAGUUCAGAUCAUCUGUCAGGGCUCGUGCCAAUUAAAUCCACUUCCUCAUCUCAAUGAGCACCGCUGUUGACCCUGGACAGUCCUCUAAUAAUCUCAUUCUCAUCUAAUACUCAUCUAAUACUCUCUGGUAGUCAAAACCACUGUACCAACCUCUCUGGUAGUCAAAACCACUGUACCAACCUCUCUGGUAGUCAAAACCACUGUACCAACCUCUCUGGUAGUCAAAACCACUGUACCAACCUCUCUGGUAGUCAAAACCACUGUACCAACCUCUCUGGUAGUCAAAACCACUGUACCAACCUCUCUGGUAGUCAAAACCACUAUACCAACCUCUCUGGUAGUCAAAACCACUGUACCAACCUCUCUGGUAGUCAAAACCAAUGUACCAACCUCUCUGGUAGUCAAAACCACUGUACCAACCUCUCUGGUAGUCAAAACCACUAUACCAACCUCUCUGGUAGUCAAAACCACUGUACCAACCUCUCUGGUAGUCAAAACCACUGUCCUUGUUAGAUAUAAUUCACCUGACCUAAAACAAAACACCCAAUCUAACCCAUCUCUAUAGUCCUAUGAUCUAAUUAUCCAUACACAUGUUCCUUCCAUUUCCAGGAAAUGGUAUACAUGAAUCAUUUAUCAAAUGUAGCAACACAAAUUUCAAAAAAUGUUCAGCUUCAAUUGUGAGUUGUAUUCAAUUAUUCAUUCCACCCAGUCUCACUGACUGAAUGAUGGAGUUGAUGAACUCAGUAUGUUGGGAAGUAUGACAGAACAGCACAUGGAUACGGAGCCAACCCCCUAUGGACUUCACUGAUACUAACUGAUACUAAAUAAGAAUGAGUAGAAUUAGAAUGUAGAAUUAGAACUAAAACAGAGUGGUUGCAUUUACACAGGCAGCCCAAUUCAGUUUUUUUUCUUCUCAAUAAUUGGUCAGCGCUGAAAAUAUCUGAUGUGAAAAGAUCUGAUCUGAUUGAUCAAAAAGACGAAUUAGUGGAAAGAAGAUCAGAAUUGGGCUGUCUGUGUAAACCCAGCCAACUAAAGAUAGCACUGUCCUUCCCACUACCCCAUUUUCUAAAAGAGUCUUCCCAGUUGACACCUAAACUACUGCAAUGCAGCAGGAGACCCCACGGCCAAUCAUCACAGAGCUAUUAUUCUGUAUGCAAAUGACGCUUAAAUUAGUAUAAUUGUACCAAUUAAAAUGCUCUGUUUGAUCAAUCAGACCAUUAAAAACCAACGCACCAAAUUCCGCCCCUGGGGGACGAGAACCAAUCGGCUCACAGCGGGUGCAGAAUCAAACUGACAUCAGACAUCCAUAUUUACCCAUUCAUCUAUUUACAUGAGUCCCAAAUGACAUCCUAUUCCCUUUAUAGUGGCCCUAUGGGCCCCAGGUCAAAAGUAGUGCACUAUAAAGGGAAUAGGGUGCCAUUUGGGAUGCAGUCCAUGUGUCUGUUUUGUUCCUGUAAUUAUUUGUUUGAACUCAGAACUAAAUAUUUCUACUUGAAGUUGUAACGGAACAGAGAUCGUCCGUUUUAUAGAUCUCACUUCACUGUUAUGACUAAUGCAGUCAGAGUGUUUAAACAACAGACACACAUCCUCAAAGAGUUUCCCAUAUUAAUGUGUUGCAGGCAGCAUGUAUCUGUCACUUUAGAUGUGUGUCUCCUCUUGGGUCCCUCUACCACCCAUGGUCACUGGGAGGAGAGUUAAGUACAAUGUUUAUUCUCCUGGCUCCCCUCACCACCCAUAGUCACUGGGAGGAGAGUUAAGUAAAAUGUUUAUUAUCCUGGGUCCCCUCACCACCCAUAGUCACUGGGAGGAGAGUUAAGUAAAAUGUUUAUUCUCCUGGCUCCCCUCACCACCCAUAGUCACUGGGAGGAGAGUUAAGUACAAUGUUUAUUAUCCUGGCUCCCCUCACCACCCAGUCACUGGGAGGAGAGUUAAGUACAAUGUUUAUUCUCCUGGCUCUCCUCACCACCCAUAGUCACUGGGAGGAGAGUUAAGUACAAUGUUUAUUCUCCUGGCUCCCCUCACCACCCAUAGUCACUGGGAGGAGAGUUAAGUACAAUGUUUAUUCUCCUGGCUCCCCUCACCACCCAUAGUCACUGGGAGGAGAGUUAAGUAAAAUGUUUAUUCUCCUAGGUCCCCUCACCACCCAUGGUCACUGGGAGGAGAGUUAAGUAAAAUGUUUAUUCUCCUGGCUCCCCUCACCACCCAUAGUCACUGGGAGGAGAGUUAAGUACAAUGUUUAUUCUCCUGGCUCCCCUCACCACCCAUAGUCACUGGGAGGAGAGUUAAGUACAAUGUUUAUUCUCCUGGCUCCCCUCACCACCCAUAGUCACUGGGAGGAGAGUUAAGUACAAUGUUUAUUCUCCUGGCUCCCCUCACCACCCAUAGUCACUGGGAGGAGAGUUAAGUACAAUGUUUAUUCUCCUGGCUCCCCUCACCACCCAUAGUCACUGGGAGGAGAGUUAAGUACAAUGUUUAUUCUCCUGGCUCCCCUCACCACCCAUAGUCACUGGGAGGAGAGUUAAGUACAAUGUUUAUUCUCCUGGCUCCCCUCACCACCCAUAGUCACUGGGAGGAGAGAAGUAAAAUGUUUAUUCUCCUGGCUCCCCUCACCACCCAUAGUCACUGGGAGGAGAGUUAAGUACAAAUGUUUAUUCUCCUGGCUCCCCUCACCACCCAUAGUCACUGGGAGGAGAGUUAAGUACAAUGUUUAUUCUCCUGGCUCCCCUCACCACCCAUAGUCACUGGGAGGAGAGUUAAGUAAAUGUUUUUUCUCCUGGCUCCCCUCACCACCCAUAGUCACUGGAGGAGAGUUAAGUACAAUGUUUAUUCUCCUGGCUCCCCUCACCACCCAUAGUCACUGGGAGGAGAGUUAAGUACAAUGUUUUCUCCUGGCCCCCCCCUCACCACCCAUAGUCACUGGGAGGAGAGUUAAGUACAAUGUUUAUUCUCCUGGCUCCCCUCACCACCCUAGUCACUGGGAGGAGAGUUAAGUAAAAUGUUUAUUCUCCUGCUCCCCUCACCACCCAUGUCACUGGGAGAGUUAAGUAUAAUGUUUAUUCUCCUGGCUCCCUCACCACCCAUAGUCACUGGGAGGAGAGUUAAGUACAAUGUUUAUUCUCCUGGCUUCCCCUCACCACCCAUAGUCACUGGGAGGAGAGUUAAGUAAAGUUUAUUCUCCUGGCUCCCCUCACCACCCUAGUCACUGGGAGGAGAGUUAAGUACAUGUUUAUUCUCCGGCUCCCCUCACCACCCUAUGCUCCUGGGAGAGAGUUAGAGUCACAAUGUUUACUCUCCUGGCUCCCUCACCAACCCAUGUCACUGUGGAGAGAGAGAGAGUAAUGUUUAUUCUCCUCUAAGACGAAUGAACUAGAGUCAGUCUAUGUGUGUCAUGCUAUGCAUGUUAGAGCUGUUCUGAGAACUGUGUUAUCCUUGCUCACCCACUUUAGGACUGCAGUCUUUCUCUGUGGGAGAGAGCGAGAGAGAGGCAGAGAAGAGAGAGAGAGAGAAGAAGAGCAGAGAGAAUAGAGAGAGGAGAGAAGAGAUAAGAUAUAUAGAGAGAGAGAUAGAGAGCAGAAGAGAGAGAGCGAGUAGAGUAUCCAUAGCGCUCUUCGAUAAUCGUUGCUAGAGAGGAGAUAGAGCGAAGACGAGAGAGACUACUAUUAUCUACGAUGGCUCUCUCUUCCUAUGUUCGAAGCCUAAGGAGAGAGAGAGAUGUAAGAAGACAUGCAUACACACACGUGCACAUUUCACCGGAUGCACAGAAACAGAGAGACCAAAUGCAUAAGAAACGAAGUGAGUUCUCAGACAAAAUCCAUGAGACCUCAUGCCCUAGAAAGACAGAGGAACUCACUAUAAAUACAAGAGAACAAAAUGUACUUUUACUGUGUUCUGUUCUCCACCAGCUACCAGACCUCAGUAACACAGACUCACUAACAGAGUCCAGGACACAACGUGACCUCAGUAACACAGACAAAGUGAAUCUGGAGCUGCAGAAAGAGAUAAUGUAGCUAUUACACAUUAAGGCUGAUUCUGUUACAUUCAUCUCUAUAUAAUUCAUGAACGAUCAUGAGAGAUUUCCCUCAGAUUACAGCGAUCCACAAAGAAUUCGAAAACAAACCCAAUUUUUGAUAAACUCCCUUAUCUACUGGGUGAAAAACCACAGUGUGCCAUCACAGCUGCAAGAUUUGUGACCUGUUGCCACAAGAAAAGGGCAACCAGUGAAGAACAAACACAAUUGUAAAUACAACCCAUAUUUAUGUUUAUUUAUUUUCCCAUUUGUACUUUAACUAUUUGCACAUUGUUACAACACUGUAUAUAUACAUAGCUUUACAACUCUGUCCCCAUGCUGUCCCUGAGCUGUGACAAGCACAGCCCUGGCCAGGGUUAGGACCAGGGUUAGGGCCAGGGUGAGGGCCAGGGUUAGGGCCAGGGUUAGGGCCAGGGUUAGGGCCAGGGUUAGGGCCAGGGUUAGGGCCAGGGUUAGGACCAGGGUUAGGGCCAGGGUUAGGGCCAGGGUUAUUGUUUAUUUCACUUUUGUUUACUAUCUUCUUCACUUGCUUUGGCAAUGUUAACAUACGUUUCCCAUGCCAAUAAAGCCCUUAAAUGGAAUUGAAAUUGAAAUGAGAGAGAGAGAGAGAGACUCUCUCUCCCAUCUCUACCUACCUACUGAUGUUCCUAUAAGACAAUCUCUCUCUCCCAUCUCUACCUACCUACUGAUGUUCCUUUAAGACAAUCUCUCUCUUUCUCCCAUCUCUACCUAACAGGCCUGGUAAGCUUUCAACAGAGGAAAAAGGAUCAUCAUAUGUUAUAUUAACUGAUAUUAAACUCUCUUAGUAGCAUUGAAAAACAUGAAUUAGUAAAACCAAGUAGGGAUGGCGGAUUUAUUCAGACGCUCACCCGGUUCUUCCUCUUCAAAGAGUCUCCAGCUCUCAGCAGCUGCUCUGAUCUGAUCUGUAUGUGUUAUGGAAACUGUAGCGUAGACCCUCUGAGUUUCAAAUUAGCAGUUGAUCUUUUAACGCUCCUCGUCUGAUGGAGUGGAACUCCAGGGGUGCCCAAGAAAACGCCAGAAAAGCCUAAAAUUUUGAAAGGAAAAAGAAUCCCCCAAUUUUAAACUCCCUUAUACUUUUUCCCACCUUCCACCACGGGUUUCUUUGAAUCCCUUUUCCCCACCAAAAGGGGCCCGUAAGCCAAACAGAAAAAAUCAUUUAUGUUUUUUCCCUGAUUUAAAACUCUUUGACAUUGAAACAGGAUUAGAAAAAAUGGAGGGCAUUUUUAGAGUUUACUUUUUUUUGGUUUCUUAUUUUUGUCUAUCUUCAUGUUUGGAAGUCCGUUCCCAGCUAAACCCUUUUAAUUGUUUAAAAAUGAAUAUGGAGAAUUUCCCUCACCUACCUCUUUUCUCUCUUUUCCUCUUCCUCCGCUUUCUUUCCCCCUCUAUUUUAACUGUUACCCUUGGUUUCGUUAUAAAACCCUGGUGGUGUUUCCCCCCCCGGUUUUUUCAAAUCUCCUUUCCCUCUGUCUGAUCUUUUACUGUUGGUGGCCUCCUUUCUUAUGUUUUAACUCUUCCUCAGAUGGGUUCCCUCAAUUUGGGUAUCCUUUCCACCCCUUUCUUUUAUCUCCAUAUUUCGCUUCCCCCGGGUUUGAUAAAGAACAAAUUUGGGGGGCCCCCUGGAGGAAGAGACCCUUCAAUUUUUUUCCCCGGCCCAUCCCCCUUUCUUUUUUUAAAUCUCUUUCUCUCUCUUUCUCCUCCUCCUCCUCCCCCAACCCUGGUCCUGGCCAGGGCUGUGCUUGUCACAGCUCAGGGACAGCAUGGGGACAGAGUUGUAAAGCUAAGAGACGGAGGUAUACACCGUGUUCUGUUGUCCUGUGUUCCAGACGAACAGGAGCUGUCUGGAUCCAUCAUCUACACAGUGGAGCUGAAGAGGUACGGAGGCCCGCUGGGGAUCACCAUCUCAGGCACAGAGGAGCCCUUUGACCCCAUCGUCAUCUCCAGCCUCACCAAGGGAGGACUAGCCGAGAGGUGAGAGAGCUAGGGGAAUGGGGGUGUGGGUAGCUGGCAGAGACAGGGGACAGGGUGGAAGAUGACAGACAGGGCAGGAUGGGAGGAAGGAAUGUCCUGAGAUACCUGACCUGAGGUUUUGGCAGCCAUUACUCCACAUGUUUUUCUCUCUGUCUGUGGCUCCUGUCAUCUCUAACCAUACUGAUCUGUCAUCUCUAACCGUACUGAUCUGUCAUCUCUAACCGUACUGAUCUGUCAUCUCUAACCGUACUGAUCUGUCAUCUCUAACCGUACUGAUCUGAUUAACCUGUCAUCUCUAACCAUACUGAUCUGUCAUCUCUAACCAUACUGAUCUGUCAUCUCUAACCAUACUGAUCUGUCAUCUCUAACCGUACUGAUCUGUCAUCUCUAACCAUACUGAUCUGUCCCUCUCUAACACGUAUUUUUAAACCCGUAUCUCUAACCCGUUAUUAUCCCGUCAUCUCUAACCGUUCUAUAUCCCGUCAUCUUAACCUAGUGAUCUGAUAUCUGUCAUCUCUAACCGUGAUGAGCUGUUCUCUAACCAUAGUGAUUGAUUAUCCUGUCAUCUCUAAAACCCUAGUGAUCUGAUUUUCCUGAUCUCUAACUGUGAUCUAUUAUCCUGAAACUCUAACAUAGGAUCUGAUAUCCUGUCAUCUCUAACCAUAUGAUCUGAUUAUCCUGAAACUUAACCAAGUGAUCUGAUUUUCUGUAUCUUUUAAACCCUAGGAUGAUACUGUAUCUUAACCAUGUGAUCUGAUUAUCCCGCAUCUUAACCUAGUGAUCUGAUUAUCCUGUCAUCUCUAACCAUAGUGAUCUGAUUAUCCUGUAAUCUCUAACCAUAGUGAUCUGAUUAUCCUGUCAUCUUUAACCAUAGUGAUCUGAUUAUCCUGUCAUCUCUAACCAUAGUGAUCUGAUUAUCCUGUAUCUUUAACCAUAGUGAUCUGAUUAUCCUGUAAUCUCUAACCAUAGUGAUCUGAUUAUCCUGUAAUCUCUAACCAUAGUGAUCUGAUUAUCCUGUAAUCUCUAACCAUAGUGAUCUGAUUAUCCUGUAAUCUCUAACCAUAGUGAUCUGAUUAUCCUGUCAUCUCUAACCAUAGUGAUCUGAUUAUCCUGUCAUCUUAACCAUAGUGAUCUGAUUAUCCUGUCAUCUUUAACCAUAGUGAUCUGAUUAUCCUGUAAUCUCUAACCAUAGUGAUCUGAUAUCCUGUAUCUCAAACCAUAGGAUCUGAUUAUCCUGUCAUCUCUAACCAUAGAGAUCUGAUUAUCCUGUAAUUUUUAACCAUAGUGAUCUGAUUAUCCUGUAAUCUCUAACCAUAGUGAUCUGAUUAUCCUGUCAUCUUUAACCCUUGCAUCUGAUAUCCUUAAUAUCUAACCCUAGUGAUCUGGUUUUCCUGUCAUAUCUAACCAUAGUGAUCUGAUUAUCCUGUCAUCUCUAACCAUAGUGAUCUGAUUAUCCUGUCAUCUCUAACCAUAGUGAUCUGAUUAUCCUGUAAUCUCUAACCAUAGUGAUCUGAUUAUCCUGUCAUCUUUAACCAUAGUGAUCUGAUUAUCCUGUAAUCUCUAACCAUAGUGAUCUGAUUAUCCUGUAAUCUCUAACCAUAGUGGUCUGAUUAUCCUGUCAUCUCUAACCAUAGUGGUCUGAUUAGAAGCAGCGCCAAGGUCGGCCUCACAAAGUCUCCAUGACCUCUUCACUCACUCAGACUGACACAAGGCAUUCUGCACAGUGUCUCCCAGACUCCAAGCAGACAGUUUCUCUCUCUCUCUCUUUCUCUAUCCUUUGCUUUCUCUCCCACCCCCUCUCUCUCUCUCUCUCUGCCUCUCUCUCUCUCUGUGGUGCUGGGGAGAACUGACUGACUGAAACCCUGGGGAGGCUUGGAUAGCUCAGGCAGACGCCAGACCAGAUGGUCUGAGGACAGAAAAUGUGCUUGGCUCAGUAGGAUAAAGAGUUGAGGUUUCUGGGGGCACUAAUCUGACAGAUCUUUUACACUCUCUUUGCACACAGACCUUUUCUCCUGGGUCAUGUUCAGUAGGGUACACUGUAGCCAAAUAAUGUGCAACUUCCUAUUGGUAGUACAUCCCCGUUUUCACAACGUUUGCUCCCUAAUGAACACAACCCUGGUGUUUCUCUGUGUAUAGGACGGGAGCGAUCCACAUCGGGGACAGGAUCCUAGCCAUCAACAGUAACAGCCUGAAGGGUAAACCACUGAGUGAAGCCAUUCACCUGCUGCAGAUGGCUGGAGAGUCUGUCACCCUGAAGAUCAAGAAACAGGGAGAACGUGAGUAGAGGACACACAGUACACAGUACACACCCAGAGGUCAAGGACCAUGCACACAGUACACAGUACACACCCAGAGGUCAAGGACCGUACACACAGUACACAGUACACACCCAGAGGUCAAGGACCGUACACACAGUACACAGUACACACCCAGAGGUCAAGGACCGUACACACAGUACACAGUACACACCCAGAGGUCAAGGACCGUACACACAGUACACAGUACACACCCAGAGGUCAAGGACCGUACACACAGUACACAGUACACACCCAGAGGUCAAGGACCGUACACACAGUACACAGUACACACCCAGAGGUCAAGGACCGUACACACAGUACACAGUACACACCCAGAGGUCAAGGACCGUACACACAGUACACAGUACACACCCAGAGGUCAAGGACCGUACACACAGUACACAGUACACACCCAGAGGUCAAGGACCGUACACACAGUACACAGUACACACCCAGAGGUCAAGGCAUGACAUAGUACAACCAGAGCCCUCACUGGGGUCAAAGACCGUCACACCGUACACAUGACAUAGUACAACCAGAGCCCUCACUGGGGUCAAAGACCGUCACACCGUACACAUGACAUAGUACAACCAGAGCCCUCGCUGGGGUCAAGGUUCAGGUAACACGCUGUACAUUAUAGGGAAGCUACAUAAGAAUAGGAUAUACCUUAAUCGACCUGUCAAUGCAAUCUACACACAAAAUGUUAGUUAUCUAUACUGUGCUGUACUGUACCAUACACACACACACUGUGUACUAUACACACACACACACACACCUAAACACACACACACACACACACCUUUUUGCAGUGGAUGAAAUAGUGUUUCAGCACUAUCACCCUAGUGCCAGAACCCUUGUUCGGUUGGGUUAGGCCGCCAAAUUGAUUCAAUAAAUAGAAUUUACAGCAGAUAUGGUUCCAUUACAGAAGACAAUUUGCUCAUAUCUUGAGCUGUGCAUUCAGUGCCUGCUUAUUUCUGCUGAAUUAGAGUGAGAUUGAUUGACUUAGAAGUUGGCUGGAAACAGCUGUGUGGGAAAAAUAACAGAUUGCAUGAUCAUUUCUUCCUGUGCUCAUCUCUUUCCCUCUCUGACUCUCUCUCUCACACUACACCUCCCAUUCUCUCACUCUCACCACCCUUUCUUUCUUUCUUUCUUUCUUUCUUUCUUUCUUUCUUUCUUUCUUUCUUUCUUUUUCUUUCUUUCUUUCUUUCUUUCUUUCUUUCUUUCUCCUCUUUCCCCCCCUAGUGGCCAGUCCCAAGCAGCCGUCGGUGUCUGGUCGUCUCAGUGAUGUGAUGCUGAGUGACGUGGAGGACGAGGCAGGGUUAGGGGGUCUGGGAGGCCAGGCAGAGAGCCAGAAACCUGGGAAUCUCUCUGACCUCUACUCCACCACCAUCCCCUCUGUGGACUCAGCCGUGGAGUCCUGGGACGGCUCAGCCAUAGACAACACCUUCAACACCCAGGGUGAGAGGGAAGUGUGUGUGCGUGACAGACAGACAGAAUGGGAGGCUCAGCCAUAG